AUGAAGUUCGAUGACUUGAUAGUAAAUUAUCUGGGUGAAUUUGGUAAGUAUCAGAAGGUGCAGUUCCUCUUGGUGUGUCUCCCAACUCUCUUCACAGCAUUCCACGCCCUCUCAUGGACAUUCUCAGGAGCUACAGUACCCCAUAGGUGGGAGGAAUCAUAUUAUUUAGUUUUUGUUUUAGAUGCGUAUUGCCCGGAGAAACGAAAACUUCUCCAUAUUGGCUUCCGGAGCAAGAUCAACGAGUAUCAGUUCAGAAAUGUGAUUUGAGUGACCACCCGGAUUGGAAAAGAUGUCCGUAUGAGUCUUGUGCAUACAGUAAUGGGACUAAAUGUAAUAAUGGAUUCGUUUAUGAUAACUCGGUGAUCAAAUUCUCGGCCAUGCAAAGGGUAGGAUUACUGUAGAUAGGUAAUACUUUAUUUUAGUGGGAUAUCGUGUGUGAUCGCUCCGUUCUGAAGGCAGUGAUUCAAUCAAUGUAUUAUGUUGGCCAGAUGGCCGGGUCUCUAGUUUUUGGGUUCCUGGGAGAUCGGAUUGGUCGUAAGAAAGUUUUCUUCAUCGCCAUCAAUGUCCUUAUUGUCAGUGGAAUUGGAAUGGUGGUUGCUCCUCAUUGGAUUAUAUUCUCUCUUUGCAGAAUCGCCGUCGGAUUCUCACACCCGGGUAUGCUUUUAUUCUUUUUAUUCGAGGUUUAGGUCAUUUCAGGAAUUACAUUUUAAAUUAUUAUAACAUUGGUUUACAGGCAUCUUUGUGAUCGCUGUUGUAAUUGGGAUGGAAUUAGUGGGCCCAUCUAAACGAAAGGUGGCUUCAAUCUUCACAGGGAUCUUCUUUGCUCUGGGGCAAAUGUUCCUUGGAAUCACGGCCUACUUCAUCCGAGAUUAUCAAUAUCUUCAGCUGGCCAUUUCAGUCCCCGCAUUGGUAUUCCUAAGUUAUUGGUGGUUGAUCCCUGAAUCAGCAAGGUGGUUGGUAUCUCAGCGAAGAUACGAAGACGCCGAUAAGGUGAUCCGAAAGGCCGCAAAAUGGAACAAAACGCAAGUGCCGGAGAAAUGGUGGGAGGAAGUGGAGACGGACGACACUACAUUAACAAAAAGCGAGACAUCCAAAAAGAAGCACAACUUCUUUGACUUGGUCAGAACACCUAAGUUAAGGAGGAUAUCUUUAUCCAUCAUGCUCUGCUGGCCGAUUGUUUCCAUGGUCUACUAUGGAGUUUCGAUGAACACAAACUUCUUGGGUGGAAAUCUUUACACGACUUUUAUUUUUGGAGCUCUAAUUGAAAUCCCUUCAGUAAUUACUGUAUUCUUCUUGAUUGACAGAAUCGGAAGAAGACCUCUGCUCUCUGGUGGAUUCACAAUCGCUUCCAUUUGUAUGAUAUCGAAUCUCCUUGUUGGUGCCAAUGGUAAUUUAUAGAGUGCGGUGUGAUAUACUGUCCGCAUUAUUUCCAUCUAAUAUGAAUAUAUUUUCAGUUCACUGGUUAGUAUCGAUGGUUCAAUUUCUUCUGGCCAAGGGUGCAAUCACGGCAACGUAUGCCUCAAUUUACACUUUUACUCCCGAACUUUUCCCUACCGUAAUCCGAAAUACGGCGAUGGGAAUGUGCUCGAUGAUGGCUCGUGUGGGCGCGAUCCUGGCCUCGUACAUCUCCAUGUGGUUGGUCGACCAGUUCGGCAAAGUGGCUAUGAUCAUCCCCUUCGCCACUCUGGGUCUCCUCGCGGCUGUAAUCGUGUUAUCAUUACCAGAAACAGCUGGAAAGGAACUCCCCGAAACUAUCGAACAGCUGGAAGGUCAUGUCAAAUCACACGAACUCCAACCUCUCAGCUCCACAAAGUCCGAAUAA